UGCUUCUGCCAAGAUGAGGUCACAGAUGAUUACAUUGGCGAGAACACCACAGUGGACUAUACCCUGUAUGAGUCGGUGUGCUUCAAAAAAGACGUGCGGAACUUUAAGGCCUGGUUCCUCCCUCUCAUGUAUUCAGUCAUUUGCUUCGUGGGCCUGAUGGGCAAUGGGCUGGUGGUGUUGACAUACAUCUAUUUCAAGAGGCUCAAGACCAUGACAGACACCUACCUGCUCAACCUGGCCGUGGCCGACAUCCUCUUCCUCCUGGUCCUCCCCUUCUGGGCCUAUAGCGCAGCCAAGUCCUGGAUCUUUGGUGUCUACCUGUGCAAGGGUAUCUUUGGUAUCUAUAAAAUCAGCUUCUUCAGCGGCAUGCUGCUGCUCCUGUGCAUCAGCAUCGACCGCUAUGUGGCCAUCGUCCAGGCUGUGUCAGCCCACCGCCACCGGGCCCGGGUGCUUCUCAUCAGCAAGCUGUCCUGUGCUUGUAUCUGGAUGUUGGCCUUAUUGCUUUCCACCCCAGAGCUGCUCUACAGCGGCCUCCAGAAGAGCGUCAGUGAGGACACGUGGAGAUGCUCACUCAUCCCUGACCAUGUGGAAACCGUGAUCACCAUCCAAGUGGCCCAGAUGGCUAUUGGAUUUGUCGUGCCUCUGGUGGUCAUGAGUUUCUGCUACCUUGUCAUCAUCCGCACCCUGCUCCAGGCACGCAACUUCGAGCGGAACAAGGCCAUCAAGGUGAUCAUUGCUGUAGUGGUGGUCUUCAUAGUCUUCCAGCUGCCCUACAACGGGGUGGUCCUGGCCAAGACAGUGGCCAAUUUCAACAUCACCAACAGCAGCUGCGAGCUCAGCAAGCAGCUCGACAUCGCCUACGACGUCACCUACAGCCUGGCCUGUGUCCGCUGCUGCGUCAACCCUUUCUUGUACGCCUUCAUCGGCGUCAAGUUCCGCAGUGACCUCUUCAAGCUCUUCAAAGACUUGGGCUGCCUCAGCCAGGAGCAGCUCCGGCAGUGGUCCUCCUGCAGGCACGUGCGGCACACUUCCAUGAGCAUGGAGGCCGAGACCACCACCACCUUCUCCCCAUAGGUGGCUUCCCUGCCUGGACUACAAGGACCUCUCCCAGGAGCCCUAAGGUGGGCACUGGAAACAUAUGUAAGGACUCAGAACCCACCAAAGAGCUGCUGAGGGAAGAGCAGUUCUGGCCAGUCAGGUUGACCUCGGGGCCUAAGAAACCACUUAACCCAACCCACGCUACCUCAACCGAGGCCAGAAGAGACAUGGCUGAGAAAUUAAUAACCCGAGCCAGGACAGCUGUGCCCAAACUGACAGACAAAAGUGAAAGUUGAGAGGCCAUCAUACCUUCUGGGGUGAAGGGUGUGGGGCUGGUGAGCACCCUGGCGGUGGAAGCAGGCUGCUGAGACCUCUGCGUGAACCCUCUUCUAGCCUAGCGAGAUGUUCCACAGAACCAAGGACAGAGGUCACAUAUUCCAGAAACCCAGGUUUCUGUCUCCAAAACCAAGAUGGCGGAAUCACACCCUGGCUUGUGGAGGAAGGGGAGCCGUGGACUGGUCUAAUUAACUCUGACUUAACUCCCUUCUUCCAUCCUCCUUCUCGGCUGUCAUCCAGCCAGCAAGAGAUGGCAGUCUCCAUGCUCCCUCCCUUCUGCCCCUCCUCAGCUCUCCCCAGGGAAGGGGUGGUGUUUCCUGCAGGCCAGGCUGCAUCAUCAGCCUACCGCAGUCCCAGCUGGGGCUCUGGAUGGCCAUGGCAAGUGGUCACUGUCCUCUGGGAUGGGCGGAAAAGGCGGGGAGAAAGGUCAGGAGGAUGAAGAAAGGUGCCCCUGCCGGCUGACGAAAGCCAGCAAGCUGCUGCUUUAUUCUCUGUCAGCAACAGAAACCUCUCCUCAUGUUCUGCUUUCGAUUUAUAAGAGCACACAUUUUACUCAGAC